AUAACGAACAUUCGACCGGUGUCCUGCAACUUUGUUCUUUGUGGGAAGGAAUAGACAUUUAUGAUUAGAAGUUAUUAUCAUAUCCUCUUUGUCAUUUUAUUAUCAUUGGUUCUCGGAUAUUAUUUGGGAGGAAUCGAGAUUGGAAAAUUUGAGUAUAGAAUUGAGGCUUUUGAGAAGAAUUCUACAUUGAAAAUGUCGGAGCAUACACAUGAUGGGGAUGUGACGGAGAAGAAUAGAGAACAUUGGGACACGCAUGCCUCAACCUACGACACGCGGUUCCAAAAAACCAUGGAACAACUAAUCUCCAUCAUCCAAGAAGACCGCACCAUGUCCUUCAUCGGGGCCAACUGGGUCACCGAGACCUCUCCCCCAGCGCAUACCGUCAAGCUCCUCGACUACGCUUGCGGCACCGGUCUCAUCACCCGUGCUCUACUUCCCACCAUCACCCGCGCCAUCGGUAUCGAUCUCUCUUCCUCCAUGGUAUCGCAGUACAACGCGCGCGCAUCCAACCAAGGACUUUCUCCAUCCGAAAUGUUUGCUCAUCAAGGAAACUUGCUUUCCGCUGAGCCGACCCCGGAACUGGAGAUUGAAGAUCUUUAUCAAUUUGAUAUUGCGGUUGUGGGAUUGGGAUUCCAUCAUUUCUCAAACCCGUCCUUGGCAGCGAGAAAGAUUGGAGAGAGGUUGAAGAAAGGUGGAAUUUUGGCGGUGGUGGAUUUUGAAAGUCAUGAUGGGUAUGGAAAUCCUCAUGCUCAUGGGGAGCAUGGUCAUGAUCAUGGUAAUUCUCAUCAACCUCAUGAGGAAUUAAACGAACAAGCUCAACAAGCGAAGGAAACAGUUACUCAUCAUGGAUUUUCUGAGGAGGAAAUCAAGAAGAUUUUCGUAGAUGCAGGUGUAGGUGCGGAUUUUGGAUAUAUGGUGUUGGGAAAAGGGAUUGUGUUCCACGGAACUGGGGUUGAGGGGGGAAGAAAAGAUAUGAAGAGGGCAGUUUUCAUGGCGAGAGGUGUCAAAUUGUAAAGCAUUCUUUGUGGCGGCCAAAUCUCAAAAAGCCGAGUGAGAUGAUGAAAAAUUCUCAAGGAAAUUGAAACGAGUACUGGAAGCUAGAUUACGAAGUGCAAGAAUAUAUUCUCGAAGAAAUUCUCCUGCAUACCCAGACACUAUAGAUAGACAUCCUAGACACCAUCACCCUUUCCCUCCAAUCUCUCAUCUCCAUACCUACAGACAAGUACAUGC